UAAAAAUCUUGCAUAGAGAAUUUCAAGCCCUUCUAGAAAAGCUGCACAUGUAAUAACGUCAACAAACUCAAAAAAUAAAAUAAAAAUAAAAAUAGAGAUUGAAAAUUUGAACCAUACUUCCACUUCCAUGAUAAAAAUAUUCCAAAAGUCUGAGCAAUAUUAAUAGUUUAUUCAGGUCACCAUAUAGAAGAAGCCACCUCCACAAUUUCAGAAAACCCAAAAAAAAAAACUAGGAACAGAAGAAGAUCAGAAAGGGGACAACGAAAUCAUGGUGAUUACGUCGUUCAAGGUGCUUAUGUUUCCAUGGUUGGCUUAUGGCCACAUUUCUCCAAACUUAGAAUUAGCCAAGAAGCUCACGGACAGAGGAUUUUCCGUCUACCUCUGUUCUACCCCUGUUAAUCUUGGAUUCAUCAAGAACAAAAUCACUGCCAAACAUGCCGAUUCAAUUCAUCUUGUGGAGCUUCAUCUCCCUGAAAAUCCAGAGCUUCCUCCACGUUACCACACCACCAAUGGCCUCCCACCUCAUCUCAUGUCAACUCUCAAGAAUGCUCUGUACAAGGCCAAGCCCAAUCUUUCCAAAAUCAUGGAGGAUUUGAACCCUGAUUUGGUGAUUUAUGAUGUCGUUCAGACAUGGACGGGGAAGUUGACUUCCGACCUCAACAUUCCGGCGGUCAAGUUUUCAACUUCCAGUGCGGCGAUGAUGGCGUAUUUCUGUCACAUGUUGAUGAAGCGAGACGAGAAAUUCCCUUAUCCGGCUAUUUAUCUUUCGGAAAUCGAUUACGCCAGGGCUCGUACCGUUGGGGAAUCUGCUAAAGCUGAUGCGGAAGAACUCGACCCUGCAGAAGAAAGGCCGAAUAGGUUCUGCGACAAGAUCGUGCUGGUGAAGAGUUCUAAAGAAAUCGAAGAAAAAUACAUGGAUUAUCUUUCCGAAGUAGCCAAUUGGAAGACUAUGGGAGUGGGUACUCUGUUUCAAUCCCCUGUUUUUGGAGAUGAAGACGAGAAUAAUGAGCUAAUCCAAUGGCUUGGGACUAAAAAUGAGUGUUCCAGCGUUUUCGUGUCUUUCGGGAGCGAGUAUUUCUUGACCAAGGAAGAAAUGGAGGAAGUCGCAUUUGGGUUGGAGCUUAGCAACGUUAAUUUCAUAUGGGUCGUCAGAUUUCCGGCCGGCGAGAAGAUUAGGCCGGAGGAUGCUCUGCCUGAAGGGUUCUUGGAAAGGGUCAAAGGAAGGGGCAAAAUUGUGGAAGGAUGGGCAGCACAGGCGAAAAUCCUUGCUCAUCCUAGCAUCGGAGGAUUUGUAUGUCAUUGUGGUUGGAAUUCGGUGGUGGAAAGCGUCGAAUUCGGCGUUCCGAUCAUCGCCAUGCCGAUGCAUCUUGAUCAGCCAUUGAAUGCUAGGUUGAUGGUGGAACUUGGUUUAGCUGUGGAAGUAAUGAGGAAUGGAGAAGGGAAACUGGAAAGAGAAGUGAUAGCGGAAGUGGUGAAAGAUGUUGUGGUUGAAAAGUUUGGGGAAAAUGCCAGGAAGAACAUGGUGGAUGUGAGACAAAGGAUCAAACAGAGGGAAGAUGAAGAGCUGGAUGAAGUUGUUCAAUUGCUGAAUCGACUCUGUGAAGAAAAGCGCCAGAAUGAGAAGUCAUCCUCCUAAAAUUAGCUAUCUUUUGAACAAGAAAGUUGGAAUGUUUUUUGUCCUUUCUGUAUGAAUUCAAUUCAUCCACAGAUUCAUGGGGCCAUUUGUUGUGGUUGUAGACUUUGUAGCUCUCAAGAAGAUUUCCACUACUCUUAUUUGAAAUUAUUAUUAACCAAAAAAAAGAAGAAGAAGAAAUUAUUAUUAUUAUUGUUGAAGGAA